AUGACCAACACACGCUUUCAGGGGUGGUACUCGAGCUACGGUAGCCUCUUCCAGAACAUCUCCUCCGACGUCUGCAGCGAAACCCUGAGAGAUUACCUGACCGCCAGUAAUGGCGACACGUGCGAUCUUCACAUCGACUGCAUACUCGGGAACACCAGAGAAAGCGUCAAAUCGGCCAUCGCCUCGGCCGCAAUCUUCCUCAGUCUCGUACCAACCAUCAUGUCCAUGCUCGGCCCCAGCUUGGUCCAGCUUGCCAUUCUCUCGACGCGCCGACCUCUACUGUCCUUUCUCCUGAGCGUCGGCUCAAGCGAGUUCUAUCUCGACGGGCUGUUCCGCAUCGAAUCUACAGAAGAGCUGCUGUCUAUCGCCAAAGGAGAGCGGCUGUUCCCGCGCAUCAGAGGCCCCAAGGCCGCCCUGAUCAGUGCCGGGGAGUACGUUAUCGCGGGUCUCGCUGUCGCCAACGUCGUGCACAACUCGUACCGGCUGGGCAGCAAGACCAUCGUCAGCUUCGUCUGCAAUACGUGGUUCUUCCCGCUGGUCUGGACCCUGAUGCUCCCGGGCAUCUUCCUCCUGGUCACGAUCCCUUUCCAGUUCUCCGGCAUCGCUAAGGCCAUCCGACAACGCUCUUACCACCGGCAAGAACCGCCGAGGGCUUCUAUCUGGGCAACUUCGUCCCUGGAGCCGUCACCGGCGCUGAAGCAGGGCGUCCCGCGCGCGGACAGUUUGAAGUUAGCCAGGGACAUCGUUGCUCUCGAGGGGCUGCCAUCGCUAGGCCACCCAUCGAUUCCGAGUCAGGGUCUCCCGAACUUUGAGAAGUGGCUUACAAUACUGCUCAACGCGGCCUCUUUUGUGGCUGCUAUUCAUGUCUUGGUUGGGAUCUGUUUCUUCUCGUCUAUCCUCUUCAUCUCUGUGGUAGACGCUAUCGAGGUUACAUUACGCUAUCUGGCUUCGGCUGCCGUGUGUCGGCUAGUGGUGACGUUGGAGUUUACAGGAAUGAAGGCGAGGCUAGACCAUGAUCAGAGAGACGAGGUUGACAUCAUUAGACAAAAGUAA